AUGGGUCGGAGGUGUUGCUGCCACGGCGCCGGCGUGAAGAAAGGGUCGUGGACGGAGGAGGAGGACAAGGCGCUGGUGGAGCACAUCCAGAAGCGCGGCGGGCACGUCGGCAGCUGGCGCGCCGUGCCCAAGGCCUCCGGGCUGAACCGCUGCGGCAAGAGCUGCCGCCUCCGGUGGACCAACUACCUCCGCCCCGACAUCAAACGCGGCAACUUCACCGACGACGAGGAGCGCCUCAUCAUCAGCCUCCACGCCGCCCUCGGCAACAAGUGGUCGACGAUCGCGACGCACCUCGAGGGCCGGACGGACAAUGAGAUCAAGAACUUCUGGAAUACGCGCCUCCGGAAGAAGCUCCUGAGCAUGGGCGUCGACCCCGUCACGCACCAGCAGCUGCCCCCCGACCAGAGCCACCACAACCUCGACGUCGCGUCCGCAGCGAUCCUCCCCGACACGCUCCUAUGGGCGGCCGCGGCCGCGAGCCUCGGAGGCCUUGACACCGCCGCCCUAAGGCAGGCGCAGCUUCUGCAGCAGCUGCUCCAGGCCAUGUGCUCCAGGAACGACACCACUAACCUCAUCACCAACCUAGCUGCAGCAAACGCAAUGCUGAACUCAGUUAGCAGCAUCGUUCCGAACCUUCUGCUCCAGCAGGACCAGAUGAACAUCCAGAUGAACAUGUUGUCUGGCGCCAACUACCCGCAGCCAGGUUACAUGUGCAACAUCUCGAGUUUUGCGGAGCAGGACGUGGUGCAGCAACUGAUCAACGCUCCGGGAACGGGAACGAGCUCCUCCGCAGCAGAUGAGCAAGCUGAUCAGCACUGCAUCGCGGCCGCAGCAUUCGCAUUGCAUGGUGUUUCAACGGCUGUUGACCGGCCGCCGCUGCAGGAGCUUGCCGGUUUGCCGCCGGAGCCCACGACGGAACUGCCUGGUCUGUGGUCUCUCGAGAGUGAUUCUUUCUGGAAGGACAUACUGGAGGAGUACCGUGUGUAG